GGUCCGAUCGGCGGCCGCAGUGGCGGCGGCGGAGGGCGCGGCGCGGGGCGAGCGCGGGCAGCGUGACCACCGCUGCGCCCCGUGCGCCCGCCCCGUGCCCGUCGCAGGAUGCGCGCCCCGCCGCUCCUGCUGCUCCUGGCCGCCUGUGCGCCACCCGCCGCCGCCAAGGCCGCCCCGACGCCGCCCGGCUGGGAGCCCGCGGCCGACGCGCCCUGGUGCCCCUACAAGGUGCUGCCCGAGGGCCCCGAGGCGGGCGGCGGACGCCUGUGCUUCCGCAGCCCCGCGCGCGGCUUCCGCUGCCGGGCGCCCGACUGCGCUGCGCGCGCCUCGGCCGGCGGCUCGCUGCGCGCCAGCGUACUGCGCAACCGCAGCGUGCUCCUGCAGUGGCGCCGCCCGGCCGGGCCGCCGCGCCGCGCGCGCGCCUUCGCGCUCAACUGCUCGUGGCGCGGCGCCCACACGCGCUUCCCGUGCGAGCGCGUGCUGCUCGGCGCCGCCUGCCGCGACUACCUGCUGCCCUUCGUGCACGACGGCGUGCGCUAUCGCCUGUGCCUGCAGCCGCUGCCGCCGCGCGCUGAGCCCGCCGCCGCCGCCCCGGAGCCCGCCGAGUGCGUGGAGUUCACCGCCGAGCCGGCCGCCAUGCGCGAGAUCGUGGUGGCCAUGACGGCGGUGGGCGGCUCCAUCUGCGUCAUGCUGGUGGUCAUCUGCCUGCUGGUGGCCUACAUCACCGAGAACCUCAUGCACCCCGCGCCGCGGCGCCCUGGCCUGCGCAGGCAGGCCUGAAGCGCUCUUCUGGGCGCAGAGACCCUGGACCCUGAAGCGCUGAGCCUGGUCUUUCCCCACCCCGCCCCUUCUUGGAGAUGCCCGGAGGACCUGAUGGAGAUGCAUGGGGUGGGAGUGGGGUCGGCUGGCUCAUGCAGGGACCUUGGCAUCCUCUGGAGACCUUCCUGGCCGGGAGUCUGCCUCCCAGACUCAGGCUCCACACUGGCCCUUGGGGCUGGGCAGGCAAGCCAGUCGAGUCCGAUCGCUCUCCACUCUCCAAAUGCCUUUGUAGGGGCCGCCAGGACCCACAGCCCCUUUCUUCGAGAGCCGUUGGCACCUGGAUCAUCUCCUUGAACUGCCUGUGCCAAGUUGUCAGAAGACCGGCUGUGGCCAUUGCUUGGUCACUUGUGCUUUGAAGGUUGGGGGCUCAACUCCUUGGAGCUUGUCUUUCUCCCCAUCUUACCCCAGUGGGCUUAAGUUAGCUUUGUGCCUUAGUAUCUCAGCCGCUGCAAGAGCCACGCACCACCCCUCUGCUAUUCUAGGGGCUCUGCCACGAUGAGGCCUUUGCAUGCUCUGACUGAGUCCCCUGGGCACGCCCUGUCCCAGCUUGGUAGGCACCUGGGGCAGGGUCUGCAGGCUUGGCUUGUCUUCCGUGGGUGUGGACAAGCUGAGAGCCGUGAUUUAGCAGGCCAGGCCCCAGGCCCAGAGUCCAGCUGCUGCAUCCAGCAGUGAUGCCCCCACUGCAGGAAGGCUGGCUCCCCCUUUGCUUUUGAGUUUUCCACCUCCAUUGGGAUCUUUGUGGGAAGUGGGCGAACAUUUAGGAGGCCGGCAUCGGAAUCUGAGAGCAGGAGAGCUGCCUCUCUUGCUCAAUUGGACCAUCUAUGGUCUGUUUCCUGAGCCUCAACCAACCCAGGAAACCUCAGUGGCCACUCCACGACCAGCCACACUGUCCACACCCUCAUUCCCAGCUCUUGGUUUGGGAGUCCAGGAUCUGACCCCAGCAGUGCUGCUGCCAGCCACCAGGGAUAGAGGCUGGCCUGCCCACUCCUUGCAGGCCUGAGCACUUAGCAACGUCUGACACAGAGCAGUGCAGCCUGCCACUCCCGGGAGCCCUGGGGCUGCCACCUGGACUUCACACUGGCAAGUCCUAGUCCCUGUGGCUGAUCCCCCACAUCUGGAAGCCCUGAGCCCUGGCUUGUGCCCCUGAAGCACCUACACCCUACCUCUGUCCUCGCUCUGCCCACUCCCCAUGCGGCGCUGGUCAGGUGUGGCACCCGUGUCUAAAUGUCCAUCAUUCCCAGACCAGA